UGGAAUCCAGGCAAAAUUCACAACUUCGCCAACUAUGGCUUAGUGAAUUAGUUCUGGAUGGGUUUUGUUCAUUGGAACAAAGCAGCUGUCUUGCAAAUUUCAACUCCAUGUGCUUAUUAAAAAGAAAUGAGAUAGAAGACAGAAGAGAAUCUUGGGAAAGGUAACAACUAGGUACUCCUUAACUCGGCUGCAUGUGUGGGCGAGCCACCGCCUGUUGCGCAACGGUUAUCAAAAACCCUAAUCCCAGACUGCCUGCAACGGUACCUUCCAUUCCAUCCCAAUCCAUCCCUCUUUAAUAUACACACAACUCUUGUCUGCUCUCCAACAGGCCGGGGCCACCAAAGUUCACCAUUUCCUCUCAGCUAGGUAAGAUAGUUGUAUAAAAGUUGGAUGAAUUCUUGUAGCAAUGGUUUAGCCCAUAGCAACAACAUGGAACACCAACAACAGCAGCAGAACAACAAUGCCACCAUUUAUGUGGCCAGAGAAACAGCCGUGCAGGCACUGAAUACCAUCGUGCAGGUUCACUUUGAGAAGACUUUAGAGAAAAAGAGAUCUGUAGAUCUGCAGAAGAAAGAGCUAUGGAAGUUGUUUCAGGUCUUCUUUGUAUUUCUGGCAAUUCUGUUUGGAGCAGUGGUGCAGUCAAGCAGGCUCCAGUGCAGGCAUUGCUGGAUACCCAUAUGCCUUUGCGCCCUCGGUCACCUGGCAUUCUAUGUGGCCGUGGCCCAAACGCUGAGGUGCAUAAAUGGGUUCAAGUAUCAGAGGAGGUGUCACAAACUCACUUUGGGAUUGGCCACUGAGAGGCUUAAGCGGUUGAAGAUGGUGAGAGAGGACGUUAUACCAGAGCAUGAAUAUCAGGUGCACUAUCAAGAGCCCUCUGAGAUCUACUUUAACAAGUUCAAGAGGAACUGGGCUUUUUGCUUCCUCUUUCUUCUCCUUACCUUUGGAUUGAUGAUUUCUGCAACUGUAACUCUCCUUUGUGCUUAGUCCUUAAUAAAAACUAAAGCCUUUGAAUUAAUUACCUUGUGAUUUUACCAGCUAUGGAUUCGAAUCUCCUCACAGUUUUAAUGGAGUAUUGCCAUGGCAAUACAAUGUAAAGCAAUCAAGCCUUGUUAUACCAAUACAAUGUAAAUCACUACUUUUUAUGCUC